AUGGAGAAUAUGGAUCAAGAUUCACUAUCAAUCAGCAACAACAACAUCAAACUCACAGAUCAAACAACCUCGCAUUUCACUGUGCAGACUUUGAACAACCCCGGAGAAAACGCCCGGGUGCCAAAAGACGCGAUCUUGCCGGCGACUUGGUUUUCUGCUGCGGAGUUGCAAACACUUCAGCAGCUCAAAACGCAGCGCCUGGGCAUGACACCGCGUAGCAAACCUCAGACGCUGGACUGGGCCGAACUAGAAGUGCGUCAAAUCCUUUUCCUCCGAGGAAUUCUCUGCAAGUCCUUCAGAGACGUUGGCAAAGAACUCGGAAUGUCUCUCAGCAGAGUGACACAGAAAUACAACGAGCUCUGUGAUGUCUAUGGCCUUAUAGAUGAAGUUGAAGAUUAG